AUUAAUAUUGGAUGCCAACCGCCGUUAAACCCCACCGAAUAAUACUUUCUUGUAGCUAGCUAACGUUAACCCUUCUUAUUAUAGCUCAGUUAGAUAACCAUUUCGGACUAAAAUAGUCGAAUUAGUUAAGCUAGAUAGAAAUUGUAACGUUAGCCAACUAGCUAGCUAGCUUGCUAACUGAAAUAAUAUUCUACAAAAUGCAUUUAAUCUUUGUUUUAAACUGACUGACGUAGCGUAGUUAAUUUACGUUGGUGGCAGGCGAACUUUUUUUCAGCUCAAGCCGAGGGAAGUUAACAAGCUAACGUUAGCAAGCUACAAUGACAUUUCUGUGAAUUCAUUGGGGGUGGACACACAAUUAAAUACGUCAUUGGCUAACGGCCCCGAUUUCCAUCAAAACACCCAUGGCAAAGUGGUUAAAGGACUACCUGAACUUCGGCAGCCGUCGUGACGCCCCCCAGCUUCCGCAUCCUGACAACACAGAGAGUGAGAUCCUGAGGGCCUACAGAGCCCAGAAAGACCUGGACUUUGAAGACCCAUACCAGAGCGCAGAGAAAUCACAAAAUGGCUGCUACGGUGGCUGUAGGGGGACAGUAAGCCUGCAUGCGUUUCCCGCCUUGGCUUCUGUCCUUCCCAACGAUGCAGAGGUGAAGGUGGUGUCUCCCAAACACAGGCUGAUCAAGGUGGACUCUCAGGAAUUCCGUCGCAGUAAGGUCCCCGUCAGCCCCGUCACCAUCCACCAAGAACCGGUGCUUCCCUCUGCUCCUACAGUAGUAGGGGACUCCGACACCGACUACUCAGACCCGUUUGAUGCCAGACCAGUUCCUCGGCUUAGAACAGAUUGGGAGCCUAACCCUAACCCACACCUUACCUUGGACCUCAGCCCCAUCACCAGUCCUACCCUGGUAGCCUUCAGCCCUAACCCUAUCCUAGGUCUCAGUCUCCGUCCAGGGCACAGCAGCAGCUACAUGGAACCCUUUGAAGCCCAGAGGGUCAUCACAGAGCUCCAGCGGGGCCGGCCAGGAGUGGGCAAUGGAAGGUCAGGGGCUGGGAUCGGAGAUCAACUCUAUGAUGACCCCUACGAUGAGAGGACUCGACAUCGCCACCGGGGGGCGCCACCGCAGCAGCAGGGGAGAGAGUUCCUCAGGAACGAAACGAGAGAGGUCAGAGAGAGCAGGCUGCCCCAGGACGAUGAGAGACCAGCAGAGGAGUACGACCAGCCCUGGGAAUGGAAGAAGGACAACCUCUCCAAAGCUCUAGCAGUGAAGUUUGAGGGGGCAGAGUGGGAGAAGUCGUUAGCCCAGUCAGACCAGGCCAGACUACCCAGGACCAGCCCCACAGCCCCAGGGGGCGCAGCUAGCCUUCUGAGGCCUGGUGACACCACCCCUGUCCUGGGUGAGAGAGUGGACCCCUGCCUGCCCCUGGAGAGACAGGUGUGGUACCACGGUUCUGUGAGUCGUGUGGAGGCAGAGACUCUACUGACGUUGUGCAAAGAGAGUUCCUACCUGGUGAGGAAGAGCCAGGCCUGCCCACAAGACUACUCUCUCUCCCUCAGGAGUUGUCAGGGCUUCAUGCAUAUGAAGUUCACUCGGAGUUCAGAGAGUCGUUACGUCCUGGGAGAGAACAGUCCUCCAUUCUCCUCUGUACCAGAGGUCAUCCACUACUACACCAUGCACAAACUACCUAUCAGAGGAGCUGAACACCUGUCUCUGCUCUACCCUGUCAUAGUACAGACCCUCUGACCCUUCUCCACUCAUUAUCUGCAUCCCAACUGGCACCCUAUUCCCUAUGUAGUGCACUACUUUAGUGCACUCUGAUCAAAAGUAGUGCUAUAUAUAGGCAAUAGAGUGGGACAUGGCUAUUUAUGAUACUAAUACAGAUGGUGUUGUCGUCUGCGGAAAUGCUAACAUGGCUGCUGUGGAAUUGUGUGAUGUUAUUCUUAGAGCGUCAACAUGGUUCUGGCGGAAACCACAAUGGUUAAACUAUUACAGUUGAAGUUGGAAGUUUACAUACACCUUAGCCAAAUACAUUUAAACUCAGUUUUUCACAAUUCCUGACAUUUAAUCCUAGUAGAAAUGCCCUGUCUUAGGUCAGUUAGGAUCACCACUU